AUGCUCGAUACUUAUUUUUUUGAACAACAAGAUGGCUCACGAAUUGCAUACAAGAUUCUUGAAUCGCGCAAGUUGGAAGAUUUGAAAAAUGAACCUCCACUUGUGUUAAUCAUGGGAUUGUGGGCUACUAAAGAGCUUUUUAUGGGUCUAGAAGAAGAAUUGGCCAAACAUCGAAAAGUAAUCUUGUUUGAUAACCGUGGCAUGGGAGAAUCGAGUGUUCUUAAUGCUAAUGAUCCGAUCUCGAUUGAUUUGAUGGCGCAAGAUACAAUUGCAUUGGUCAAGCAUCUUGGAAUUAAACGAUUUAAUCUGUUGGGAUACUCUAUGGGAGGUUCUAUUGCACUUAGCGUUGCCUUGAACGUUCCAUCGGAUCUUAAACUGGAGAAACUGAUUCUUUGCGCAUGGCAUUAUAACUUAGCAGAAUUUGAUUACCCGAAAAGCGUCCAAGAACAAAAGGACAUGCUCAUGAAAAUUUUUGAAAAAGGAGCCGCUGAUUAUAUGCUUGAGCAUCCGGACAAGUUUGAUAAAUUUGUAGAAAUUGCGUUCAAAAUUCGUCGUCCACAUGAGAUUUUCAAACGACAAUGGGAGGCUAUAAAACAUAUGGAUUUUGUUUCGAGAUUCCAAGCAAUCAAAGUGCCAACUUUAAUAAUUCAUGGUGAAGACGACGAAAUAAUUCCUAUUCAGCAAAGUGAAUUGCUUGCUCGUGAAAUUCCUAAGAACAAGUUUUUGAGGAUCCCAAACGUUGGACAUUCCAGCGAAGGGGGAAGAAUCGUACGCGAUUCUGGCAGAGUAUCGAAUUUAAAAUAUAAUAAUAAGAGUUUGAAAACAAUUAAACGAAAAAAGUUCCUCGAAGGAUAA